AAAGCGUUCUUUUGCGCGGGCUUCAUGUGAGCACUUUGGUUGUGGUGACUGAAGUUACCGCGACAGAGGGCAGUCCCGCUGCCACGUUUUUGGGUACGUCUGCUUUGCGUGUGGUGUCGAGAGCCACCGUGCGGUAGGGUAGCCCCUGUGUCAAGUCUCGCUGGGCUCUAGCGGUCAGGAGACGGGCCAUGACCGCAGCGCACCCCACGUGCUGCGAUAGCCCACCUUGCCAGGUUACGUUUACUUUGCGCGUCGCGACCGAAGUUGCUUCGCCAAAGGGUAGUCCCUUUGUCGGGCCUCCCUGGCUUGUACGCCGGGAGGCAGGCCGCACCUGUUUGGCGCCUGGCGCCGAACGGUGGCCCCCUUGCCAGGGCAUGGCCGUCUGCCCGUAACAAAACGUCCCCCUCACACGACCCCGACCCUGGGGGAGAGGCAGUGCCGGGACAGACGUAGGAUGAUGAUGGGUUGAUGAGUUAAGUGUGACUCUGGGACAAAGCGCUUCGGCGCCGCGUCUCCUUCCUAUCUGACAACGGCACCGAGAGAGUACACAUUGUGGGAGAGUGCAGUCAAACUCACCGGCGGCAUGCUACUCUACUGCUCCGUGCCACAGUGCUCUACAAACGCGAGGCAACCAGGCGCGAGCUUUCACUUUUACGCCAAAGAAAAACAACUACUCAACGCAUGGCUUGUAAAGCUUUGAAUGGGCAAGCAACCAAGCUCCUACGCACGUGUGUGCAGCAAGCACUUCCGCGAAGAAGACUUUGUGUACGGAGUGGGAGCGCGAAUGUUCGGGUGGAAAAAGCGCUGCCUUGAAGCCGGAGCUGUGCCGUCGAAGAAUUUACCGGUGUGCCCGUUGGAUCGUCCGCGUACUGAGCGUCGCCAAAUCCGGAAGCAACAGAGUCUUGCAGCAGACGUGCCAUUGGUGGCGGUACAUCCCACCUCCAAGCCCCCUGCAGAUACUCUAGACGUCCAGGCACAACCAUCUGAAUAUGAGAUUCAGCAGAGCUUGGGCACUUCCGCUUUCAGCAACCACCAAGAUGUUAACAAUGAACAUGGCCAGGAAGAUUAGUUUGAUGGUCCUAUUGCUACCUGACUCAUGUUCAAUUUUUCGCACAACAAAGUUUUAACAAUAUUGUGCUUCAGAUGUUUCUGCUGCAGCGCUUACCUUCAGAAGAGAAACUGGAAUUCAAGUUAACACCCUUGAUGCUGCGAGACAUCAACUACUCAGCAUAGCGCAUGUAAACACACAAAAAGACCUAAGUGUAAUCAACGAUCUUCUGUGCUACCAGCUAUUUUAUAACAUUUGUGAUGUGUACACUGACAGCCGUAUGCUUAUGCAGGCAAAAAGCUUUUGCCUAUGCAAUGAAGAUGCAGUGCUAAUGACUAUGAUGAAGCUCCACCACAACAUGCCAUUUUCACUAAUUGGGGUACUUUUUGGCAUUCAUCGCACUACAGCAGCAGAUGUAUUCAAAGCAACAAUUGCAACACUAGCAGAAAUACUGCAAACCGCAGUAUUCUGGCCAAGCAAAGAGGCGGUUGUCGACAACCUCACCGUUCAUUUUAAGGAAUACCCAAAUGUGCGUGCAGUUCUGGACUGCACGGAAAUCCCACUGCACAGACCAAAGGAUCUGGAGUCACAGCUACUCACGUACAGCUGGUACAAGGGUACCUAUACAGCUAUGGUUUUAGUCUGUGAAACACCUGGAGGCUAUAUUAGCCUUCUGAGCAAGGCAUAUGGUGGAAGGGCAUCGGAUUCCUUUAUUGCAAAGAAAAGUAAAAUUCUUGAGAAGUUUUUGCCUUCUAUAGAUAGUGUAAUGGUUGACAAGGGCUUUCUGAUCGAUGAACUCUGCCUUCAGCACCAUGUAACCAUGGUUCACCCUCCAUUUUUACGCAAAAAGAAACAGCUUACACAGGGUAAAGCUCAACAAAACCAGAGCAUUGUAGCUGCCCGCGUUCAUGUGGAACGUGCGAUUCAGCGUAUGAUAGUGUUCAAAAUUCUGUCGGGGAACCUUGGCACUGAGCUUUUCCCGUACAUUGAUGAUAUUUUAACGGUCAUUGCAGGAAUUGUCAAUUUGUCAAAACCGAUUUUCAGUGCUGAGAAGUUCUUGUAUGAGUGAAAUAGCUUUGUGACGCGCCUAAAAGGGGCAUUACAUCCCCAUCAGUGUCAGGGUGCCACUAGUUCACUUGAAAGGCCAGUAAUGCAGCAAAAUGUUAUGCAUGCACCGAGAACAGUUUCAGUGUGUUUUGCUUUGCUUCUCAACCAUGCCCAAUAUGCUUUAGAAGAGCUAUACGUGGGAUAUAAUUUUUCCUGUUUGACUUUUUAUGGCGAGUUCUUGUCUGUAUUUCUUGUUUUCCAGUAUUGUUUAUACGAAUAUACUUCACAGGUAACUUCGAUUAGAUGUGCAUAUUUUUUUCUGUUUUUUAUCUUUGUUAUGCUCGUGUAUUUUUCUUUCACUCUUUGCUGAUUUUUUUAGACUUAUACAUGCACUCAGUAAUAUGAAUUAUCGAGACAAUACAAAUGAACACUGGAGCAAACUGAGUAUACUAAACGUACGUGACUUGAAAACCUUGCAGUCGGCUCUUGAGACACAUCAGUUGCUUAAGAAUGACACUACCUUUUCACUCACUUAACACGAGCCUCAAAAAUAUCUGCCAUAUACAUUUCGCCAUGUUAGCUACAGGAAUAACAGGAUCAGGAUAAAUUGUGGUUCACAAACGUUGCACUAUCAGAUUAUACGACCCUUGAACUACAACACAAAGGUAUAGAAAAAAUAAUAAGCACAAAUCAGGGAAAAUAAACCACCAAAUAAGUCAACUACUUCUUUCAUUGUUUUUUUCUGUGCAUAUUGCCUGCUAUUUGUGUUCAAUGAUUUUCGUCCUCAACAAUGAUACAAUUGAUUUUAUAUUUACCUAUAUGUACUCAAAGUUGUACGUGAACUAUUACUUCUUUUAUGUAAGUUUUCAGUCGCUUCUGUUGUUGUUUUCAGUGCUUGUGUGCAAACUGUUGUUGUUUUAAGUGGGAGGGCCUCGUCAGGUAUCAAUGCCUUCAGUCCUUUCCUUCUGAAGUGUAACAUUCUGCACUUGAAUAAAAUCAAUUCAGUUCAAUACUUAU